AUAACAAUAACACAUAACCUUGAAUAAACUUUAUGUAGAUCUACAAAAAAUUUUAUCUUUUAAAUAAAUUAGUGUUUUUUUAACAAAACCUUUGGAAAUGGCAAAUAAACCCUCUCGCGAUCUUUUUCUAAAUAUUUUAAAGAAUUUCAUAAAUUCUUUCCGUCCUCGACAAAUAAGAGGAAAUUAUAUCGGAGAAGACUACUUUGGCAAUAAAUACUAUGAAAUUCCUGCAAAUCCAUCUACUGGCAAAAGCAAAACCUCACGCUGGUUUGAGCCACGAGACAAAGAUGCUUUUGAUCAAGAACUAACAGCAGAAUGGGAAGCUUGGUUACGCGGCAGGCGUGAGGAUCCUCCAACACGCGAAGAACUCAUCCAGAACCUGCAAAUAAUGGAAAUGAAAAAACGUAACGCUGCUGAACUGGAAAAGAAAUUUGGUAAGAAAGACUUGCAAGGGAAUCCACUACCCAAAGAACCAGAAACUAUUGGCACAUUUCCGAAAUACGAAGAAUAUGAAAUUGUACCUGGCAAGGACCCAGAGAAAAAAAAUUAAAUCUACAAAUUCUCACUUGUUUUCAUAAAGUUGUAUUUUUAGAUUCUAAGGUACAUUAAAAUUAGACAACUUCGUUAUAUAUUACUAUA